AUGGCCACAGGACAGAGACCGGAAUCCGCCGCAGAGCUGAUAAAGCUGUUCCGGGUGACUGACGUUUCCCUUCCAUACGGAGGCAUAGGAGAGGGGCAGAAGUUCCACACCAACCGGGGCGAAUUCAGCGGAAUCAUUCACAGGGCAAAAGAAUCGACCCGCGCCGUCAUCUUUGUCUGCGGCGCACGCGGCGGAUUUGUUGGCCCUGGUCCUGAGAGUUAUGCUCGCCUGUCCGAGCGAUUUCUGAAGGAGGGCAUAACCUCUCUUAGGAUUGACUACCGGCUGCCCAACGACCUCUUGGAGUGUGCCCUCGACCUGAUGGUCGGUGCCGGCCACCUGAAUGACAUCGGCUACGGCCCGGUCGUCGUGGUGGGACAUUCAUUCGGUGGGGCUGUGGUAAUAGCAGCGGGCGCCACCAGCCCCCACAUCAAGGGGGUAGUUUCGCUCUCGCCCCAGACCUACGGGGCCGGUAUGGCCGGGCAACUGGCGCCACGCAAGCUGCUUGUGGCCCACGGCAAGGCCGAUUCCCGCCUGCCCUUCUCUUGUUCCCUGCAGAUCUACGAAUGGGCCAAGGAGCCAAAGGAGUUGGUGCUGUUUGAGGAUGCCGAGCACCGGCUGGAGGAAUGCCGCGAUGAGCUUGAAACGCUCCUCGCAUCCUGGAUCCCGGCCACCCUCGACGAGGAGAUAGAGAUCCCCGCCGUCAAUUAG